UUCAAUGAUGAAAUUACAAAUAAAUAUGAAAACUAAUGAAAUCAUUUUGCUAUCUUUUCAUCAAAUUUCAUCAUUUAAAUUUUUAAUAUCUAUUUUUUACAUUUGGAAUAUUUUUACCCUUGUUCAAUCUUCCUUGCCACAUGUGGUCAAAAUAGGCGGACUAUUCGAAAAUGGUGAUGAAUCUGUUGAAUUAGCAUUUCGUGAUGCUAUCGAAAAAAUCAAUGAAGAAGCCAUCUUACCAAAUACAAGACUUGAAGCUGUCAUUGAAAAGUUGGAACGUUGUGAUAGUUUUCAGGCUUCUAAACGAGUUUGUAGUUUACUUCAUGAUGGUGUUGCCGCUGUAUUUGGUCCACAAUCGGUUGAAACCAGUGCUCACGUUCAAUCAACAUGUGAUGCUUUACAUGUUCCUCAUAUGGAAAUGCGUUGGGAUUUCAAAUUUGAUCCACCAUCAAAUCAUUCGAUAAAUCUCUUUCCACAUCCAUUAGCAUUAGGUAAUGCAUUUCGAGAUCUAAUUAAAUUAAAAAAUUGGAAAAGUUUUGCCAUUUUAUAUGAAGAAAAUGAAGCAUUAGUUCGUAUGCAAGAAAUUCUAAAAGAUCCAUCAUUACGUGAAAAACGGAUUGUUGUACGACAAUUUCCAGUUGGCAGUGGUGAAUAUCGUACCACAUUCAAAGAAUUACAUAAAUUGGCUAUCAAAAAUAUUAUUGUAGAUGUACCUCAGGAACAUAUUUACAAUGUAUUAAAACAUGCUCAACAAGUCGAUAUGUUAUCCGAUUAUCAUAAUUAUUUUUUCACUUCAUUGGAUCUACAUACGGUAGAUCUGGAAGAAUUUCAAUAUGUUGGUGCCAAUAUUUCGGGUUUCAGUCUAGUCGAUCUGAAUUCAAAAGAUUUUGGUCAAAUUUUAAAUAAACUUCAACGUGAUAGUAAUACACGUUACAAUUGGAAUGGUGGUAUUGUUGGUGAUUCAUUUGAUUCUAUGGUUCGAUUGGUUUCAUCGCAUAAUUUUACUACCGAAACGGCACUUGUUUAUGAUGCUGUCCGUUUAUUUGCACAAACAUUGUUUGAAAUAGAAAAAAAUGGUGCCACAAUCCAUCAAAAUUUUCAACAAGAUGAUGUCAGUUGCGAAAAAGAAAAACCAUGGCGUUUUGGUUCAACAAUAUCAAAUUAUAUGCGAAAUAUUGAAGUAAAUGGCCUCACUGGUCCGAUCAAAUUUGAUGAAACCGGUUCCAGAAUCGAUUUCAAAUUAUUGCUUCUCGAAUUGACCCGUGAAGGAUUGAAACACUUUGGUGAUUGGACACCGGGCGAAAAGGUCACAUUCAUGAGUAAUUAUACGAAAGCAAUGACAGAAAUUUAUCGAGACACUUUAAAAAAUAAGACAUUGACCGUUGUAACAAUUCUUGGUGAACCAUAUUGUAUGGAAGCGGAAGAUGAUAAUCGAACAGGAAAUGAUCGUUUUGAAGGCUAUUGUGUAGAUCUUAUUAAAGAGAUUGCUCAAAUUCUUGAAUUCAAAUACGUUAUUAAAGUUGUUGAAGAUGGUGUAUAUGGAAAACGUAAUGAACGAGGUGAAUGGAAUGGAAUGAUCAAAGAAUUGAUUGAAGGGAAAGCAGAUAUCGCUGUUGCCGAUUUGACCAUAACAUAUGAACGUGAAGCGGCCGUUGAUUUUACUAUGCCUUUCAUGAGCUUAGGUAUUGGAAUACUUUACAAACGUCAUAAAAAAGAUCCACCAAAAUUAUUUUCAUUCAUGUCACCAUUGGCCAUGGAUGUAUGGGUCUAUCUAAUCACUUCAUUUCUUGGCGUAACAUUAUUCUUAUUUUUUGUCGCACGAUUCUCUCCAUACGAAUGGGUUAAUCCACAUCCAUGUGUGAAAGAACCUCACGAAUUGAAAAAUAAUUUUUCAAUGAAGAAUACACUUUGGUUUACGAUUGGUUGUCUAAUGCAACAAGGAUGUGACAUAAUGCCACGUUCAUUAUCGACCAGAGUAUUGGCUGCAAGUUGGUGGUUUUUCAUUCUAAUUCUUGUUUCAUCCUACACUGCUAAUCUGGCUGCUUUUCUCACUGUCGAACGUAUGGUUAAUCCGAUCGAAUCGGCCGAAGAUCUUUCCAAACAGACAAAAAUUCCAUAUGGUUGCCUUAAAUCGGGCUCUACUGAAGCUUUUUUUCGUAAUUCGAAUUUUUCCACUUAUGCACGUAUGUGGUCAUUUAUGGAAUCAUAUAGACCAAGCGUGUUUGUUGAAUCAAACAAAAAAGGUGUUGAUCGUGUUGAAAAAGGUGAUUAUGCCUAUCUGAUGGAAUCGACUAGUAUUGAAUAUAUUGUCGAACGUAAAUGCGAUCUGUAUCAAGUUGGUUCAUUGCUUGAUUCCAAAGGAUAUGGUAUUGCAACUCCUCCCGAUUCUCAAUAUCGCUCGAUUAUUUCGGAUGCCAUUCUCAAACUACAAGAGGAAGGCAAAUUACAUAUGCUCAAAAAUCGUUGGUGGUCUGGUAAAGGCAAAUGUGGUGGCAAAAAAGAAACACAAAAAGUAUCCGGUUCAGCUAGUGAAUUAGGCUUAGCUAAUGUUGGUGGUGUGUUUGUUGUUUUAGCUGCCGGUUCUAUCAUAGCAAUUAUCAUUUGUAUUGGUGAAUUCAUCUGGAAAAUGGAGAAUAUUCCACGUUCCGAAAGAGAACACAUCUGUAUUGAAUUAUUACGUGAAAUUAAAUACGUAAUAUGUUGCUAUGGUAAUACUAGACCUAUUCGUAAAGUAAGCGAUAUGAAUCCGGCAAGACAUUUAAUCAUACAAGCUGGUAAUGGAUUGCCAUUUUUGCCAAUGAAUAGUUAUCAAGAAAUGAAUAAUAAGAACAAUUAUUCAUAAGAUAAUAAUAAUAAUCAGUCAUUUCUUUUUAUUUGACUUGUGUGCUUACUUCUUUCUUUCUCCAUCAUCAUUUUGAUUUUCAUUAACUUAUAUGUGAAAUUUAUAUC